CACCUGCACCACCACAUAGCCCCUACAGGCUCCUGCUCAGCACAACCCAAGAGCCACCAUGCCUGGGCCAUCAGCCCCACCACCACCAGCCAUCUACAGUGCCCUCCUGGCCCUCCUGCUCCUCCUCACGCCUCCCGCCAACGCCUUCUCCUGCAGCCCCCUGCGCCUCCACGACAACGCCUUCGUCUGGGACAGCCUCCAGCUCCUCCGCAAGAUGGCUCCCAGCUCUACAGAGCCUUGCCUGCAUCAACGCGCACUUUUUCCCUUCCCGGACAUCCUUUUGGACACCGACAACACAGAGCAAGCCGCACACACCGCCCUCCGCCUCCUCCAACACCUCUUCAACAUCCUCAGCAGUCCAAGCAUCCCUGUGCACUGGCUCGACGCUGCACGCCACGACCUCCUCAACCAGCUCAACCACUACAUCUACCACCUCGAGCGCUGCUUCCCAGCCGACGCCACGCGCCUCCACAGGCGAGGGCCCCGCAACCUUCACCUCAGCAUCAACAAGUACUUCAGGAGCAUCCAACACUUCCUCCAGAAACACAACUACAGCCCCUGCGCGUGGGACCACGUCCGCCUCGAGGCUCAUGCCUGCUUCCAGCGCCUGGACACGCUGAUACGGCGGAUGAAGAGCCAAGCAUCUCCCAGCCACUUCGGAAGCCAUCUGCACCUUAUGACUGCCCCCAGCCAACGCCAGUGGAUGCCGAGCAAGAGGCACCAGCUGCAGCACAGACAGGGUCGGCUCAGCACUGCUCAGCCCUCCUCCAGCCACAAGCCCACGGCGUGAGGGAAACAGCCGUGACUGCGCUGAGGCCAGGCCUGGUCCUGGCUGCGGGACAGUGUAUCCAGCCAUGUGGCGUGCACCAUGGACACUUCACUGCUAGGGGAGGGGGAAGACACAGCUAUGUUGCAUACCCAGGGGAUGGCUGUGAGGCGAUGGGGAUACAUGAAUUUAUUACCUGUGGGGCUGUGUUGCCUAUCUGGACUGCAGCCUCUCCUGACGGAAGGGGAAGGCAUCAAUGGGCACUUUUUGCGGACUUGGACGUGUCAAUGACUAUUUAUUGCAGAACUUUAUUUAUCAUGCCUUUGUUUAUUUAUUCCCC